AUGGAAAAUCGGAAACCGAAACUGAAACCGAAACCGGAACAGAUGAGGUGCAAGAAGCACCCGAAGCACAAGCAAGCGCCUGGCGUUUGCGCAGUAUGUCUAGCGGAAAGACUCUCUCGGCUGGCGUCUUCGAAGAAACCAAUGAAGAGAGCAUUGAGAACUCCGGAUACUUCGUCGUCGUUGUCAUCGUUAUCGUCGUGUGAUUCUUCGUCGAAUGCUUCCUCAUGCGCAUCUCCGGUGAAAAGAUCAGAGGGGAAAGGGUACGUGUCUUUCUUGAAAGUGAGUGGGAAGAAUGUGAUUCUUACGAAGAGUAGGUCAAUGGAGUUUUAUCCACCGAGGAAAGAUCAAAUGAACGAUGAAUUUCGGAAGAAGAAGGGGGGAUUUUGGUCUAAAUUAAUUGGUUCGAGAAGCAAGAAAAUGGAUCAUGAAGGUUUAAUGCAUUCGAAGACUACGAGGGAAAGAUCAUCUUCUGGAGUUCAUUGA